AUGGGGCAAACAUCCCGAGCACCACUACUCUGGCGGAUGGAGGAAUGGAAGUCUAAUGAUGUUGUCAUUCGUGAAAGCAUAUUAAACAGAAUCCAUGUUCCUGGACACAGUCUUCAUCGCCUUGCGAUUCGAGCUCCUCCAACACCGACCUCAGCCCUUAACCAGACUGUCAAAGUGACAGCUAGCAACACGACCACUGCCAACAAGCCAUCCCCGACGCAGACAAAGACUCACAUCUCCUUGGUCCCGCAUUGGAGCUAUGAGAAGAACUCCAUCGCUGUCGCCAUUGUCAUUUCCGUCGUGACGGUCAUAGCCGUCACCACGUUGGUCAUCCUUCUUAUUCAGAAAGUCCGCAGAAGUUGGAAGCGUCAUAAAAGCGAACAGAAAGACUAUGCUGGCUCUAGGUACCGUGUCUACUAUUUGAACGACAGCGCUGAGAAUGGGGGACUCGAGCACAAAUUCAGUCGGGAAUCGGUCAUGUUUAGCAAGGACGCCUCCGGUCAAGAGUAUCUUGUUGAGCAGGAUGGCGAUAAGAUCACUCGCGUUUAUCGCGCAGGAAAGAAUGAUUCAUCACGCACCUUCGAUUCUGUUGGCAAACCACAGGAACCACAGCAACAGCAGCCACCAGCAACACCGGUUCAAACAACGCUGAUGAGCUCGGCCGGCAUCGUCGACCUAGCUCAACCCGUAUCUGAGGUGCAACCUAACAAACCAUUAACCGUUCGUGGGCGUUCUGGCUCCAUCCCCAAGCCUAUAGUCGUCGUGCCUCCUCCCUUGAAACACGUCACUUCGUUGAAGGCAACUCCAGUCACGCAGCCACCGGACCUCAUCCCUGAGAGACCAUCCUUCAUUCCCAAAUCUCGAAGCGAGGCCAGAAGAAGUCUCAUCAAGCUGGCAACGGACCCAAGCUCGCUAUUUCGACUGCCUUCGAUCAAGAAAACUACCUCGCCUAUUUAUCGCCCUUGA